GUUCGCGGUGUUUCCGGUGUUGUGAAUUGUCUCUGGAAAGAUGGCGGUUAGCAUCCGAGCUCGUCCUAUUAGAAGUAUACGGAUGCGAGGUCGGAAUGACAGCGGGGAGGAAAAUGUACCACUGGAUCUCAGCAGAGACCCUAAAGACAACCUGCGAGAGAUUCUCCAAAAUGUGGCCAAGCAGCAGGGUGUCUCCAACAUGCGCAAACUGGGUCACCUCAACAACUUCAUUAAGCUCCUUUGCAAUGUCGGCCAUUCAGAAGAGAAGUUUGGCUUUACCUACGAUGAGAUCAUCAUCUGCCUCCGACUGGCUCUACUUAACGAAGCGAAGGAGGUGCGAGCUGCAGGUCUACGAGCUCUCCGCUACCUGAUCAGAGACGGCACCAUCCUCCAGAAGGUCCUCCGCUUCCGGGUGGAUUACCUGAUUUCCAGGUGCAUUGACAUUCAGCAGAGUAAUGAGGUGGAGCGAACUCAGGCACUUCGACUGGUGAGAAAGAUGAUCACUGUGAAUGCUCAGCUCUUCCCAAGCUCCAUCACUAAUUCCCUCAUUGCCGUGGGCAACGAUGGUAUACAGGAGCGAGACCGCAUGGUGCGAGCCUGCAUCGCCAUCAUUUGUGAACUCGCACUGAAAAACCCGGAGAUCGUGGCUCGGCGCGGCGGACUCAAAACCAUCCUGAAGAACGUGAUCGAUUGCCAACUCAGCCGAAUCAACGAGGCUCUAAUGACCACCAUCCUGCACCUACUCAAUCACCCCCACACACGGCAGUACGUGCGCUCAGACGUGGAGCUGGAGCAAAUCCUGGCACCUUAUACAGACUUCCACUACAGACACAAUCCAGACACGGCAGAGGCACAGCUCAAGGAGGACCGAGAGGCUCGUUUUCUGGCUAGUAAGAUGUCCAUCGUUGCUUCCUUCCGCUCAUGGUCUGGCAUUAUUAACCUUUGCAAGUCAGGCAGCUCCGGCAUCCAGUCCCUCAUCGGCCUUCUCUGUAUACCAAAUAUGGAAGUGAGGAAAGGCCUUCUUGACGUGCUGUACGACAUUUUCCGACUCCCCGUCCCUGUAGUUACACACGACUUCAUUGAAGCGCUUCAUAGUGUUGAUCCGAGUCGAUUUCAGGACAGUUGGAGGCUGUCGGACGGCUUCGUGGCUUCAGAAGCCAAAAUUAUUCUCCCCCAUCGGGCACGGUCGAGGCCUGACCUGAUGGAUAACUACCUUGCACUUGUACUGUCUGCCUUCAUCAAUAGUGGACUUUUAGAGGGGUUGGUGGAAGUCGUCACUAGCAGUGAUAACGUUUCAGUCUGCGCUACCAUCCUCCUCGGAGAACUCUUGCACAUGGCCAAUACCAUCCUCCCUCACUCCCACAGCCAUCACCUGCACUGCCUGCCCACUCUGAUGAACAUGGCGGCCUCUUUCGACAUCCCUCAGGAGAAGCGGCUACGUGCAAGUGCUGCAGUGAACUACCUGAAGUGCUUCCACGAGAAGAAGAAGCGAGGCCCCAAACCCAACAGCCUUUACCUGGAUCACAUCGUCCGCAAGUCAGCCGCAUCCCAGUAUUGUCGAGACCAGCACCUGCGGCCCCAGAAGGACAUCUACGUCAUUAAGGACACUGAAGAGGCUCUGAUGAUGAAUCUCCGAGACAGCCAUGUUCUCAAUCACAAGCAGAACCUAGAUUGGAACUGGGUUCUUAUCGGUACAAUACUAAAGUGGCCAAAUGUCAACCUGCGCAACAACAAAGAUGAACAAAUGCACAGGUUUGUACGGAGGCUCCUGUUCUUCUACAAACCCAGCAGUAAGCUGUACGCUGGCCUGGAGCUGGACCACAGCAAAGCCAAACAGCUCACUGUUGUUGGCUGCCAGUUCAUCGAGUUCUUGCUGGAGUCAGAUGAGGUGAGGGAGGGGAAGCGCUCGUGCUCUCACGACUGUUUUGUUCAGUUGUUUUAUUUUUUAAAUUUUUUUAUUUAUUAUUUGGAUACCUUCUUAUACAUUCGUGAUUGUUUUGUCUUGGUUUGUUUGCAACUCUCUAAUCAGGAUGGCCAUGUGUACUUGGAGGACCUGGUGAAGGACGUUGUGCAGUGGCUGUCAUCGUCCUCUGGGCUCAAACCAGACCGUAGCCUACAGAGCAAUGGUCUCCUCAACACACUUAGCCAGCAUUACUUCCUCUUUCUGGGUACUCUCUCUGCCCACCCGAGCGGCGUUAAGUUGCUGGAGAAAUGCAGUGUCUUCCAGUGCUUGCUGAACGUGUGCUCCCUGAAGAAUCAGGACCAUCUACUGAAACUGACCGUGUCCACACUGGACUAUAGCCGAGACGGCUUAGCGCGGGUCAUCCUCUCCAAAAUCCUCACUGCUGCAACCGAUAAUUGUAGGCUGUACGCCACGAAGCACCUGCGUGUAUUACUGCGCGCUAACGUGGAGUUCUUCAGCAACUGGGGUAUCGAGCUGCUGGUCACUCAGCUCCAUGACCGCAACAAGAACAUCUCCAUAGAGGCCCUGGACAUACUGGAUGAGGCCUGUGAGGACAAGGCGAAUCUUCAUGCACUGAUUCAGUUGAAGCCGGCGUUGACUCACCUCGGGGACAAGGGUGUCCUCUUGCUUUUAAGGUUCUUGUCCAUUCCAAAGGGUUUUUCCUACCUCAACGAGAGAGGCUACGUCACUAAGCAGCUGGAGAAAUGGCAGAAGGAAUAUAACCUCAAGUAUGUGGAUUUAAUAGAGGAGCAGUUAAACGAGGCUCUCACUACAUAUCGUAAACCAGUAGACGGGGACAACUACGUACGACGGAGCAACCAAAGGUUGCAAAGGCCAAACGUCUAUCUUCCUGUGCAUUUGUAUGGUCAGCUUGUGCAUGAUAAGACGGGCUGCCAUCUCUUAGAAGCUCAGAAUAUCGUACCCGACCUAAGCUACACUGUGCGAUCCCCGGUGCUGGACACGUGGGAAGGCAUCAAACAACUUAAAGCUGCUCUCUGGGCCUUGGGUAAUAUCGGCACGUCCAACUGGGGUCUGAACCUGCUACAAGAGGAGAAUGUGAUUGCCGACAUUGUGGCUCUGGCUCACCACUGUGAGGUUCUCUCCAUCCGCGGGAUAUGUCUGUAUGUACUGGGUCUCAUCUCCAAGACAAAGCAGGGCUGUGAGCUGCUGAAGCUGCAGGGCUGGGACGCGGUUCGACACAGUCGUAGACAGCAGUGGCCCGUGGUACCCGACGAGGUGGAGCAGCAGCCCCCGCCUCCACCCACCCUGCUCUCGUCGGUUCCCAGCACCCUCAGCCUCAACUCUGAGUCCACCAGCUCUAGACACAACAGCGAAAGUGACUCCACCCAGCCCAGCAUGUACAUCAUGGAUGAUGAUAAAGAUGGCUCUGAGCUGUCUGAGGAGCAGCCACUGUACAUCAGGUCCAAGCUGCUAAAGGACCGCAGCCCCUUCACAAUCCUGGCAUCCAGCCGCUUUGUGCGCAACCGGUUCCUCAUUUCUAUCUCCGGAAAGAAGCCGCGCAGCACUAGCGACCCUAAAGGUAGCAGCAGUGGCAGCAGCAACAGUCAUAAAGUGUUCGUCGAGCCCAAGACGGGAGGCCUGAGGAGGAACCGCACGGUCACGGAACCCUCUGUGUACUCCCCAGGUCAGGGGGAUGUGUUCAGCCCGGAGUUUCCUGACCUGUCCAAGAGCCCGUCGGUCACCCUGGAGCAGCAGGAUGGCAUCGGGGAGACCGAGUCCCGUCUGCCACGGGUUACAGAGCGCAACAUGGUGGUCGGAGACAUGCAGCGCGAGCAGACCAGUCGUGAGAGGCUGGCAGGUGACGGACCUACCUCCGGAGGCGGGACUCAGUUCAAGAGCCGAAGCCAAAGCUUCAACACGGACACGACGACCAGCGGAAUCAGCUCCAUGAGCUCCAGCCCGUCCAGAGAGACGGCGGCGGGCGCCACGGAUUCGUCCACCAUCGACACGGACUGCGUCAGCCUCAGCACGGUCGUCAGCGCACAGACCAUCCGAACCCUACACUCGCUCACCCCCCAGUCCAAUCACCUCCCCCUUUCCAAAUCCAACUCGGUGCUCCUGGUUCCACCCGGCUCAUCUCACACCCUGCCGCGCCGGGCGCAGUCUCUCAAAUCGCCCUCUGUCACUACCAUCACCAGCCUGACGGACUGCAGCUUCAUGUACACGAGCCCGAGGGAUGCGCUGGGCUACGCCACGCUCAAGCGGCUCCAGCAGCAGCGCAUCCACCCGUCCCUCUCCCACAGUGAGGCGCUGGCUUCCCCCGCCAAGGAUGUGCUCUUCACCGACACCAUCACCAUGAAAGCUGGCAGCCUUGACUCCAGACUCACACCGAGAAGGUUCCUGAAGGCCCUGAGCUUUGCGUCUUUGGAUAAAGAGGACCUGUUAAGCCCCAUCAGUCAGACAACGCUGCAUCGCUCCUCCUCCGUGCGUUCCAUGGUGUCCAGCGCCACCUACGGCAGUUCGGAUGACUACAUCGGCCUUGCUUUACCCGUGGACAUCAACAACAUGUUCCAAAUAAAAGAUGCACCAUAUUUCCAGAAGAGGACUAGCCCACCUUCAGAGGACAGAUCUGCUAAGUUCUUCUCUGGAGAUUCUGAUGGUUGCGAUGGCUCACGGCACGGCGUCCUGAAGUCUCAGCUCAGCAUUACGGAGCUGAUGGCGGUGAGCCGAACAGAUCAGCAGCAGCUGCUGGGCUCAGAGGAGACGGGUCUGCAGGAACACACAGAGGAGAACUGCCUCUACUGCGUCGGCUGCAAAGUGCUGGGCUGCAACACACACACCCCCACACAGAGCCGCUCAGACUUUGCUGAUGCUUCAUACUCGGAGUGGUGCAGUCAGCCUGUGCACAACCACCUCGAGGUCAUGCCCCACUCCAAGUUCUCCGGUGUGUCUGGGUGUAGUGACGCCGUGUCUCAAGGAUCUGCCGGAAGCACCCGUAGCACAGAGCUGGUUCUAGUCACGGAUGAGAAGCAGCCACUGCAUCUUUUGACAGGGGGGAGAGUAACACCGUUCCUCCCACCCAGAGAGCAUGGCGUUAAGACCAUUCCAGAAGACGCUCCGGCCUGCAGAGUUCUGCUAAGGAAAGAGGUGCUGCGGCUGGUCAUCAACCUCAGCUCAUCAGUAGGAACCAAAGGCCAUGAGACAGGAUUGCUCACGAUCAAGGAGAAGUUUCCAUAUGCGUUUGAUGACAUCUGCUUAUACUCGGAAGUGUCACACCUGCUGGCCCACUGCAUGUUCAGACUCACCUCCCGGCGCUUCAUCCAGGAACUGUUCCAAGACGUUCAGUUUAUUCCGGUAACCUUCCUCAGAAGUGUGCUUUGUAGCACAGCAAAUACGCUUGAACCGCAUGUUUAUUUUUUAGUUACACGGAAACUUUUUUCAUUGUUGUCUCUUUCAUGUCCCGCAGCUUUACGAGGAAGCCGAGAGCAUUUUGUCGAUGCCGUCGAAAUCGGUCACGGUAAAUUCUCCACCGGAGUCCUGAUAAUAUCGUAAAGCCUGUGCUUGCUGUUACCCCAACCCCACCCUUCUCCACCCAGACCUCCUCAUUCAUUUUCGCCUGGCCUGGCCGAGACUUUAUGAAAGACGGAGGCAAUAAGAGGUAACGUUGGAUGGAAUGUGGAGAGAAGAGACAAAAACGCUAGAAGGAUGAAAGAGCGUCUGAAGAAUUUGUCUGUGGAGAGGGGAAAAAAAAAAAAAAGAAUCGGUACGGCGCGUUUAAGAAAAGAUCAACGGAAACAUACUGCCUGAACAAAACAAAACAAAACAAAAAAAAGCCUGAAAUCAAGACAGAAAUCUGUUUAAACUCUGGCAGUUGGAGUUACAACCAAAAUAUAGCUUUUGACUGACAGUUAUGCGUGUAAAUGCACUGACAGUGUGGUGACAGUAAGAAAACAAAAAUCCACUGAAAGCUGUACAAGAUGCUGAUUUUUUUUUUUUUUAAUAAUUAUUAUUAUUAUUAUUAUUAUUAUUUCUGUCUCAGCUCCUGACGGUGGUCAUGAACGCGCUCGGAUAUGGACUGAAAUAACAAACGCAUGUUUGCUCUUCUUCCGUCUGGAUCCCUCAAGUUUUGAUUUUAACACUACAAGAUUGUGGUUUGUAUCACUAACUUAAUCCAUGUAUAUAAAGAAAAACGCAGCGAGCCUGUAAUUGAAUUGUUCAUCGAAACAGACCCUCAGUUUUUGAUCCACGGCCACACGGCCACACGUGAGACAAUCAUCAGUUAAAGAUCCAACCAUCUGUAUGGCAGUACCCACCUUACCUUAACCCACAUUUCUGCUACAUAUUAGGGUUGUACCAUUAUACAGCACUGAAUUCUGACUGGUAUUUAAGCUUAAACAUGCUCAUGUCACCCACAGUCUGGAUGGUUCUGGGAAAAUUACAUGUAAAGUUAAUAACAUUAAUUCUCAAUUCACUGGAAAACAUUGGGAAACCAAUGGUGGCCUCGAUUUCCCAAAUAGCUUUUCCAGGUAAGGCUGCUUAUUUUCAUCCAUUUCAUCCAUUCGCUAGGCAUCAGUUGUGCUUUCUUUGGCUAGUUUACAGCUACAACUCUCACGCAGGUCACUCUGUAGGUGUACGGUUACUGACUGAAGCCUGUCCACUCCACAUUUGUAUUUUACAGGGUUUUUAAACUCUUCAGUGUCACUGCUGGAUUGAGAAAUAGCCCAACAACCAAAAAUCUUCAUCUCCAGUGCUGUGGUCAGUAACUGACCCCGAUUGAAAGGCAUACCACCCUCUAGUUGUUUAUUUUCCUAUAACAAGAAUAAAACAGAUCCCUCUUAUACCACAGCAUAAUUUUUUUUUUUUUUUAUGAAUUGAAGAAUGACAUUCUGUGUUUUAACCUUGCCAUGUUGUAGUGUAAACUGUCCUGUUCUGACCUCUGUCCCGAAGACUUUCUCAUGCUGGAAAACUUUACCUCUGUCUGUUACAAAGCGCUGACACUGGAGACUCCUGCCAUAAAUGUUAAAGAAACAUCUCCUUAUAGAAAAGUCACCAUUUCAAUGAGUCUACGCAUUUUUAUGGAUUUGUGAUCAUGUAUUUUAUAUAGAAAGUGCAUUAAUAUAAACCUGUGAUUUUUUUUUUUUUUUUUUUUUUUUUUUUUUUUUUUCAGCUGCUGUUAUAGAAAAUUUAUCAACACCUUCUGACCAAUCAGAUGCAAGAAUGUAACAGGGCUGUGGUAUAAAGGGUCAUUGACACACGUUGUGUGUAUACAAGCUUUAGUCUGUCACUGAAAACCUACAAGGUGACCAACAAUGUAGGAGUGUGUAAUAAAGUUGCACAAUGCAAUGUAUUUAAAGGUAAUUAGGACAUUUAGGAGUUUACUGCUGUACUGAGUCUCCUCACAAAAACGCUGUGGUAGUUGAGACGUCGUCUGCUUCCUGCAGUUUCUACUGCAACUUUACAAUUCGUUUGCAUUCUUAAAAGUGUCAGUAAUAACAUCGGAAAGGAGUGCAAAAUUCAGGUAAAUUCGUAGCAAAUUCAGUGCAGUUUACCGAUGCCACGUGUUUUCAUUCAAAGUGACUUGGGGGACAAGUAUGAAUCAGAGUGAAGUCCAGACUGCUGGUUUGUUUGCUGGUUAUCUGAGGGGAGUGUUUGGCCGAAUACUUCCCCAUAAAUACAGGUAAACAAACAAACAAAAAAGAUGAACGAAACUUAACCAGGAACAAAUAGAAAUCACAAGCCAGUGCGAAGUAAAUGAUUAGGGAAUUUGAGAAGCGGACCGAGAUCACCUUGCUCAGACGCUCUCGGCCCCGAGUGUGAUUCUCACCUGCGCUCACGGAAGAACACACCAGGGGUCCGAUCAAAUUGAUUAAAUGCUGCAAAUGUGAACACACCUUUUUUUUUUUUUUAAAUUGAGCAGUCAUGGACAGAAGGUUUUUCUAAGGACUUAACUGUUGUUACCGGUUGAUUUAGGACGUUCCAUCUCAGUUGCGUGAGGAGACUCAGUCACAGUAAACUUUCAUGCAGGUCAGACGUUCAGGAUGCACAGCAGUACACGAUCAACGAUUUUAACCUGUAAAGCUAAUGAUCAGGUAUUGGGACUUAAAAUUUUCUUUUUAAAAGAGUCACAAUAUCUGUCUGAGAGCUGAUGCACCAUCUUCUGGAAGGAAGCUUUCACUGGGCUGUUUUAAGAUUUUAUAUUUGACAAACUCUGAGGAGAUGUUUAAGGGGUUUUUUCCUUAGAGUUCAACAGCAUCACUGGUCUUUUUUUUUUUUUCUUUUUUUUUUUUGGAUUUAAAGCUCCCAAAUCUAUCUUCUGGUCACUAACAUGUUGAGUUAGUGGAAUUUCUGUCCACUAUCAUCAAAUGUAGUCGAUAAUAAGUGCAGGUUUGGUGUCCACGUUUUGUUUCGUUAUUGAGGCUAAUGUAGCUAAAUGCAUCAGAUCGCAUCAUGCAGACUCACUUGUCCGCCUUGUCCACAAUUGCAUUGGAAAGAUGAACAACGAGAAACACAAUUGAAUUUGUAUAUUCUAAUUGACUAAUGUGCUGCAGAGAGUUGUAUGCAUCCCUUUUUUUUUCUUCAUUCGCUCUCCCACUAAACCCUCCAAAGAAAACCCACAAUUCAAGACCAUCUUCCGUCUCUACUCUCUGCCAAAUGUAUACAAUGGUCUGAUACAUUUCUAUUGAUUAAGUUUAGUUGAAAAUCAAUUAAGACUUUUCUGACAAGCACCUACACUCUUUCCGUUAUAGCACCUGUAAAGUCGUUCUACCAGUUUGUCAUACUGCCAGAGCUUUUAAAGGGUCUGUGUGUCCAUCAACGUGGAGUUUUUCUAUAUGAAACGGUUCCAAUGAAGCUAGAACUCUUAACGAACCAAAAAAAAACCCUCAAGUUUUAUCCGAGUGUUUUUUUUGGAGUAAUAAGCUAUAAUGUGUGAUGAUGAUGACGAUGAUGCGGCUCUUGCUAGGUUAACUCCGAUGCUCCUCAACCAUUUGAACACCUUUAAUCCUUACUUUCAAUGCUCUGAGCUUUUGCUUUAAAGGGACUGUUUGGCAAACAUAGUGGGUGAGCAAUGAGACAUGUUUGAGCCCCAGAGUUUACUUUAAUUCUGGACAUGGACAGAAUAUGCAAUACACAAAUUCAAAAACGGAACUAUGUACACUUUUUUUCAAACUUUGAGACACAGGGCUUAGGGAAAGUAUUGAUACCAAAAUGUGCAAAGUUGUCCAAGAUGGCCGCCUCCGAACAGUUCUGCGUUCAGCUACACUGUGAAGUUUUGUAGAUUGCCGUAAGACUGCUUUCACACUUGGCAUUUGUUUUCUCAACUUCUAGUGUACGUUUUACGUGUAAUCCUAUCAGAAUGUGGCUGCCUUUUUCCUUUUUGUUCUUUUUCUUUUGGGUCACAGCGGAGCUUCCAGACAAUGCCAUGUGACGUCCAAUCAGAUCAGGAGUUGGGGGGUAAACAAGAAAAACAAACAUGGAGAACAAAGUGCUGGUGAGGGGGGAAAAAAAAAAAAGUCUUGUUAGUGAGUGAAUUGUUGCCGGUGUAACUAAAAAUAGCAGCAUAUGUAUGUUUGGGACAUUCACCGGUACAUGAUAUGAUGUCCAACGUAACUGUGUUGCAUGCGGUUAUGCAAACGGCUCAAAUUCUCUUGAUUUUCUGCCUCCAAAGCUACAGGCAAACAGCCUGCUCAUCGUCAGAGUUACACCAGUCUUUAUUUCAUCUGCAUUACUGAUCAUAAUAAAUCUGAUCUCGUGAGCAGCCUUGGGCUAUUUAGUGAGUCAUUACUAGCUAGAACUGGUAAAAGUGUUGUCAUGUUUACAAUGUGUUGUGAGAGUCACUUUUUUUUCCAUAUCAGCACAAAAGGCACUCCAGCUAGUGUGAAAGCAGCCUUAGUCCAUUCGUGUCCUAACACAGCAGCACUUUUUUGUUUUUGUUUUUUUUUUCUUACUUUUUUUUUUUUUAAUGGCCGUGGUGUGAGGCUGAUAUUUACACAGAAUAUUUGUGCAAAUUGUAAUAAAGCAGCAAAAGUCAGACAACAAAAAUGUCUUAACUGAUAUUGAUCAUUUUUUUUUUUUUUUUUUUUUUAAUUCUUAUUCUUAUUAUUCCUUUAAAGCAGGUCCACAGCAUUUGUCCUGGCCGUUACAUACGCAUGACGCAAUAAAUAAACCCACUCAUGAUGAAGCCACAGCAAUGCCUUUUCUCAUUCUGAUCUUUAAGCUGUUCAUCAGAUAAAGGUUGAUCGUUUAUUCGCUUAAGACUUUAUCUGUAAUUAUAAAAAUUCGAGGUAUUGAGAGAUAUACUUUUAUUCAAUGUGCCUGUUGAUUCCGAAAAAAAAAAAAAAAAAUCUUUUUGGUGUCAUAAUUGGUUUUAUUGAAACAGUGAUGGAUUUGUUCGCUUCUUGGCUGGACCAGUCAUGCUAUUUAGGCAGCUUUAAUUAUUUCGCCUUAUAUGUAUUUUUUGUAUUAGCUUUAGACUUAAUCAAAUUGUCACAGCUUUUUCUUUUUUUUUUUUUAAUUUAUUAUAGAUCCUAAUAAAUCAGCAUCUUUAUCUGCCUUGGCUUUUCCCGCAAACACGAUAUUUUAUUAUUAUUAUUAUUAUUAUUAUUAUUAUUAUUGUUGUUGUUUCUGUUUCUUUUAGAUGCAUUGUAAAGAAGUUAUGGCUCUAAAAUGACUGGCAAUAACAGCCCAUUCUUGUGUGGUUUUGAGAAGCAGCUGAAUUAUUUUUUUUUUUUCUUUUUCUUUCCUUCGUUUUUUUUUUCUUCUUCUUGUAAAUAUGUGUAUGUGACAACCUCCUAUCAAAGUGUAUAGACUAAUUAGAGACGAAUUUGGAUGAACCGAGGCUGUUUGAUAAAGGCAUGAAAAUGCUGGGGAUCCUGUCACAGUGCUGAUUUUCUCCUUUGUCAAUCUCAGAAUUGUGUGUGUGAUCUGUUAACAUUUAUUAACACGCUGCCACUCCUCAUCUGAGCAUGUGAACAUGUGGAGCUCUGCCAACUGAUUCGCAAGAAAAAAUGAUUGUUGUUCUUCAUCAGUGCUCAUGAUCCAUGUCGCCAGUUUCCCCAAAUAAUGCUGGUACUUUAGUGCAUGAGUCAUUUUUGAAGCAUGGUCAGCACUGGUGGUUCGAGUGCCACUGAAAACACGACGAAUACUCUGCUAUUUUUCAUUUCUGUGACUGUAUUCUUUUCAACGGGGUGUGUUCUCCAUCACCAUUCACACCGAGUAGUUGGAACGGUCUCAACUGUACAUCUGUGUCAUGCAAAAACAAAAAAGUUGCACCUUCCAUUCUUUCAUUUAUAUAUAUAUAUAUAUUUUUUUUCUUCUGAAGUGCACUCAUGAAUUUUCAGAGCACUGUAUUAAAUUUAUUAAGAACCAUUUAAUAUUGAGAUUGCAGAAAUGGAUGCAAAAGAAGUGUUAUUUAUAUUUUUCCUUGAGGGAAAAAAAAAACCGUGUCUCAGAAAAGUUGUAUAUACUUGUAAUGUUUUCUUUUAUUUUCCCUAAUUGUGGUCUCCCUUGUAUAGUUCAGUGUUUGUUUUUUGGGCAUUAGAAAAAGAGCCUUGAGAAACAAUCUUAUGAAAGGGAUGCGUUGUUAAUAAAAACAAAAACAAAAAAAAAACCAAAAUGUAUAUUAAUUGUGUUACCUGUGAUUUUGAUUACUUGAUUAAUCAGUCUUCUGAUCACCUGGUCCUUACCUGGCCCACGAAAUGAAUUUUUAGAAUGUGUGUUCGUUUUGUGGAUGUUAAAAUUAAAGAAAGUGCUGUUCUCUGUUCUUCCUCUAGGGGGCAACACAGAAACGAUCUCAGCGCCAUAAAAUUAGUGACUGACAAAAUAUAAUGUGCUAAUGUACUUUUUAAUUAGCAAGCUAAGACUUUGACAUAGGUAUAGCCUAUGAAGUCCAUUUCAGUUUUAAGUCAUAACACCACAGAAUGAGGAAAAGUUCAAGGACGAGUGAUUACUUGCAUUGGUCACUGAAAUUUUUUGUUUGUUUUUUGACAAUUAUAAUGUUGCCUGUUACGUAAAAUGAGUUCGACACCCCUGCAAUACAGCAUGUGUUUUAAAUAAGAGCAUGUUUUUAAAGCUCUCCCAGUGUGGUGUUUUACUAAUUUCCAGGCUCUGUGCCAGUGCCCUUUUUUUUUUUUUUUUUUUUUUUUUUUGGGUGUGUAGAAUUUUCCAAAUUCUGAAUAUUUUUUUAACCUAUCUAGAGACCCUGGGUAGUGUAUUCGACUGUUCUCGGUGUGACCUCUUCAGCCCGCUCCCACAGUUUCUGUUCAUACAGGUAUGCCAUAAAUCCGCUGGUAUACUUCUGUAAAAUAUAAACCAAGUAAAAUAAUUAGGGCCUAAAUCAAAUAUUAUUGUGGCAGAGGGGGCUUGGUCGAGCAUCAGCUGUGGACGGAGAGGAGGCGGGUUGAACUGGCAGGUAACAAGUGAUUCCCACCUUGAUCUUAUUGGGCUUACUACUACUAUUACUACUACUACUACUACUACUACUAUCAGGGACUGAGCAAGAGAGCAUGUCCUAUCUGGUGAUCUGGCCGCUUUUGGGUUCAUAUCGUUUUUUUUUGUUGUUGCUGUUCUGUUUUGUUACGAUACAAGUUAGCACUGCUGAAAUUCUGCCAAUGUCCCGAGUCUUUACACACACGCACACAGUUCUACAAGUGUGAAGAGGUGCUUCUUAGAGUGGACCCUGAGACGGAGAAUUUCCUGAAUGACACAAUUGUCUAGCAUCACGAUACAAUUUCAACUUCUGUUCUAUGUUGUUUAACACAUCUACAUAUAAAUACCAGGAAAUAUAGCACA